CCAGGCUUGUUCAGAAGCAGCUGAGCCUGGGCUGCCAGGGAGGAGGGCAGAAGCCAGCAGAGAGGGUUGGAGCUUGGACCCAGUGUUCCUGAGGGAUCUGAGCUGGGAGCAGGGAGCAGGGAGCGGGGAGGGCAUCCUCCACAGUGGCCACUGCACUUCCUAGCCGGGGAGGAGCGAGUGACUCUGGCAGCAGCUGUAGCAGCAGCAGCAGCGGCUCUGAGAUCCCAGCCUGUGCGCCUGCCUUUCUGUCCUAGCGCUCUGUCUGUCCCCAUUCUGGGAGCAGGUUGUCAGAUCCUAGAUUUUCAGUCCUUGCUCCGCACUUUCCACCUCCCUCCUCCAAUCAUGGAUGGCAACUCCCUGCUCUCCCAACUGAGGGCUCAAGGCUCCGCUGAAGGAGACUGGAGUUGGUGCAUUUGGCAUAAGAUGAGCCGCUGUCUGGUGAGCGUGAUCCCUCCCUGUGCGCUGCCCCAUGCACUGGGCGAUGCUGGGAGCUGGGUGCGGUCUGUGCUCCGAGCGCCACAGGCUGGGGGACAGCGCUGGCCGGCUCGCUCAGCUGGGGGGGGGGGGGAUCCAGCAACCAGACCUUCCGUGGAAGCAGCCUGGAGAGGUCUUGCACCUUGGGAAGACAGGUUUCAAGCAAGCAACUUGGAGUCAUCACUGAUGUGUGAGGUUCUGGGACCACAGCAGGGCAGUGCCAGUGGCAGCUCGGGAAGCAGCUCCAUCACAGCCUGUAAGAAGGUGCUUCGCAGCAAUAGCCUGCUGGAGUCCACAGACUACUGGCUGCAGAAUCAGAGGACACCCUGCCAGAUCGGUUUUGUGGAAGACAAGUCAGAAAACUGUGCUUCUAUCUGCUUUGUGAACCUGGAUGUGAACAAGGAUGAGUGCAGCCCAGAGCACCUGCAGCAGAAAUUGGUCAAUGUUUCACCAGAUCUUCCAAAACUUAUCAGCUCCAUGAAUGUUCAACAGCCAAAAGAAAAUGAAAUUGUCCUUCUGAGUGGAUUAACAUCUGGAAAUCUUCAGUCUGAUCUUGAAGUUUCACAGUGUACUUGGCGACCAGAUAUCUGCCUAGUCCAGUGUGCAAGAGGGAACAGACCAAACCGCACCGAUUGCAUCAUCUUUGAAAUCAACAAAUUUUUGAUUGGACUGGAACUGGUGCAGGAACGGCAGCUCCACUUGGAAACAAACAUCUUGAAAGUGGAGGAUGAUACAAACUGUUCCUUGUCUUCCAUCGAGGAAGACUUUCUCACUGCAUCUGAGCACUUGGAGGAGGAAAGUGAGGUGGAAGAAUUUAGGAAUGGUAACGAAAAUGUAAAUGUCUCUGCCAAUGUUUUGGAAAGCAAAAUGCGAAAGGAGUCCACCCAAGAGGAAUGGAAUCCCAGCAAGGAAAUGGUGCUUUACACUUUGAAAGACAAAGGUGCCAGCAAGUACCAGACACCGUUGAUUAAAAUGGAAAGUUCUCUGGGAAAAGAAGCAGAAGACAAAACCUUGCAGCAUCUGGAUGUCUCAGCCAAACUGUUAACAUGGAAAGGUGACACUACAGAGAAUGAGAAACCUAUCACCAAGCAUUAUCAUUCAGAAAAGUCUACUGGCCAAGUAAACAAAACACAGGCCCAGUAUACUCCAGGUGAUUCUUAUCUCUCCAGGAUGCUUAAAAAGGCUGGACCUUCAGCGUGUGGUCCAGUCACAGAGCUUGACUACAGUAAAGACCCAGGGUCCGCUGAAAAUGGAGUCAACUCUCUUCCUCCCAUACUCAAUGGAGAGGCUACUACUGGCCUGUAUGCGACAAAUUUGGCAGAAUCCGUACUACAAGAUGCAUUCAUCAGAUUAUCUCAGUGUCAGCCUACGCUGCUUCAGGAAUCUGCCAUCAGUGUUCCUGUCGGGAGUCCCCUACUUCCCAGUGGCUGUUCUACAAGCAAUACAGUGGUCCCUCGCUCCUGGGAUGAGCUCCCCAAAAUUGUUAUUGUUCAGAGUCCAGAAGGCAGUGAUGCUUCUCUGGAACCCAGCAUCUCCUCAUUGUCAGAAGCAGACAUCUCUGUUGAAAUCUCAGGUGUUCCCUCUGGACAGAACUCCAGCAGACACCCCCAGAGUGCUGUAGAAAUAGCACUGACAUGUGCGGCCACUGUGAUCGGAACUAUUUCCAGUCCACAGGCCACAGAAAGAUUCAAAAUGGAACAAGAAUCCCUGGUAUCCAGAUACUCACUGGAAGACGAUGUACUACUGCAGACUCAGACACACCAAAUGCUCAAAGAACCUUCCAUUAGUGAAUACUCCUUUCCAUCUGCUCUGUGUGGCAUGACCCAGGUGGCAAGUGCUGUAGCCAUCUGUGGCCUGGGUGAUACAGGAGAGAUGAAGAGCCCUGAGGCUUCAAGUGGCCUCUUCUCUGAAGCUGAGGACUCCACGGCCACCUCUUCACUUGGCACUCUGACAACCAGGAGGAGCCUGGAGCUAGGGAGUGAAGCCAUUGCAGAGGCAUUGCUCAAGGAAGCCUCGCUGGUUUUAACUAGACCAGAUACCUACAGCAGCAUCGGGGAGCUUGUGGGAUCCAUGACUAAGCGAUUCAUAGACACGGCUUCCGAACCUCAGGCUGUGGGCUCAGCAGACGUCCCCAGAAAUGAACUGGCACAGACCCUGUCCAACAUCAUCCUGAAGCAUUCCAUGGAUGAGGCUUACCAGAAAAGUCAGCCACAUGACCCCAACAGCAGCAAAGGCUCAUCUGAAACUCUGGACAGCUUAGUGGAGACCACAAAUCAGCUGCUCUUCAAUGUGAUAUGCUUCACAUUCAAGAAGAUGGCGCACAUGAUUGAACAUGGGGAAGGCCCCACUGCUCUUUUCAAAGAAACUGUCAGAUGGAGGGGAACAGAGCGAGCCUGCCAGCCCACAGCUCAGCCUGCCAGCCAAGCAUGGACCAACGCCACCGAGUCCUCCUGUGGCCAUCCACUUAGCCAUCUGCGGAGCACUGGCCUUGUUAUCCCUGACUUUGUAGAUGACAUGCAUUCAAUACAGCCAAAGCAGGAUAUCAAUGGCCCAGCCAGGCCAGGCCUCUUCAAGAGCCCCAAGCUGCAGUCUGAAUUGCCGUGCAAUCCAAGAGCACCUGACUGUUCAAUGACUAAAACUGCCGCCAGGGAAUCCUAUCUGAAAGGAAGUGUGAGACAAGAUGCAAAAACCUUUCAUCCAUUGCCCUGCUCCCAGGGGAAUGAGUACAGAAGCUCUUCAGGGGGAGAAAGGUCACCAGCACAGGGUCCCCAAGGUGCAGAGGUCAGCAUCCCUCCAAACAUCCAGGAAAAGUACUUGUGCAUCUCACCUGUCAACAGUGAGGCUCCAGUGAGCCUGUCCUUGCUAGGCACUGACUGGCUGCUUCCUGCCCCAGCGAUGCUGCAGACAAAGCACAGGGACGUGGGCUGCAUUGCAGAGUUUGCGGAAGAAUUAGCGGAGACCAUCGUUUCCAUGGCAACGGAGAUGGCAGCCAUCUGCCUGGACAACUCCAAUGGAAAGCAACCCUGGUUCUGUGCCUGGCGGAGGGGUAGCGAGUUCCUGGUGACCCCCAAUGUGUCCUGCAGGAUGCUGAAGAGGAAGAAGGAUAGCCAGAUGGGUGGCGUGGCAGUGAGGAAGCACAAACCACCAAGGCUCAGUGAGAUCAAGAGGAAAACAGACGAACAUCCAGAGCUGAAAGAGAAGCUGAUGAACAGAGUGGUGGAUGAGUCUGUGAACCUCGAGGACCUCCCAGACCCAGUUAACGUGUUUGCCAACGAGGUGGCCGCCAAAAUCAUGAAUCUCUCAGAGUACUCGGUGGUAGAUGGGGUCUGGCAAGCCCAGAGCUUCCCCCGGGGCCGUCUGCUCAGUGGGGACCACUGGAGCCGACUGAAGGCCUCAAGCUGUGACAGCAUCCCUGAGGAGGACUCCAGUUCCAGGGCCUGUGCCCAUGGCGUGGGCUUGAUGAGCACCCUGAGCCAGCCUGUGAGCAGGGCCAGCUCCAUGUCCAAGCAGUCCAGCUGUGAGAGCAUCACAGAGGAGUUCUCCAGGUUCAUGGUCAACCAGAUGGAGAAUGAAGGGUGGGGGUUUGAGCUGCUGCUGGACUACUAUGCAGGCAAGACCGCCAACAGCAUCCUGAGCUCAGCCAUGCAGCAGGCGUGCAGGAAAAAUGAGCACCUGAGCGUGAGGUCCAACUGUCCGUCUAAGCAGUCCAGCACUGAGAGCAUCACCGAGGAGUUCUACAGGUACAUGCUGAGGGACAUGGAGAGGGACAGCAAGGACAGGGAGGGCACCUCCUCCAGGAGGAGCAGCCAGGACUGGAGCCCGGGCUUCCUGUCACCCUCUCUGAGGUCCCCGUUGUGUUACAGACAGUCAUCGGUGCCUGACAGUAGGUCCCUGGGCUCUAGGCUGACUGUGAAUGCACCCAUCAAGGCCAACUCCCUGGAUGGCUUUGCUCAAAACAGCCAGCAGGACUUCCUCAGCGUGCAACCAGUCAGCAGCGCUUCCUCCUCUGGCUUCUGCAGAUCUGACUCUUGCUUGUAUCAGAGACGGGGAACCGAUCAGAUCACCACCAUGCUGAUCCGUGAGACCUGGGCCAACUCCAUCCAGGCCCUCAUGAGGAAGAACAAGAUCAUCUCGGAUGAUACAGAGGCCAGGGAUGCUGAGCCUGGCUCACCGGUGAAAGCAGACACAUGUGUGAGCAGGUCAGCCUCCAGCAGAGCGCAAAGCCGGCCGGCUCUUGUGGUCCAGGAAUCUGCCAAUUACCCAAGGAGAGACUCUCUCUCAGAGAGCAAGCACCCCCCAGUGAACUCUCCCAGCAAAUGCAUUCCUCUCAUCAACAGCAGCAUGUCAGAUUCCAGAAAGGAAACUUCCUGCUGUGAAAUGGUUUCUCCAAGCCAGCCCCAAAGAUCUGUUUGCUCAAGAGAAGUGCCUUUAAUUCAGAUCGAAACUGACCAGAGAGAAGAGUGUGCUGGGGAAACUGAACAGUCCCUUUCCAAAAGCAGCCCCCUGGAGAAAGCAGAAGAGGCUUUGAAGGAAGAAAAAGUCACAGCAGACAUGGUGAGGGUUGGAGACACUGACCUGAGCAGCUGGCAGGCCCACAGGGGCAGCUUUGACUUCAGAGAUGUAGCAGAGACUGAAGUCACCACAGAAGGCAGAGCCCCAGGGGACUUUUCCAACCCUUCAGGCAGUAGUGGGGGCAGCAUGGACAGCUGGUCCCAGCUGGCCAAUGAGGAAGACAACCCAGAUGACACGAGCAGCUUUCUACAGCUCAGUGAGCGAUCUAUGAGCAAUGGCAACAGUAGUGCCACUAGCAGUGAUGGCAUUAUGGACCUGGACAUUUAUCAGGAAAGCUUGCCAUCUUCUCCCAUGAUUAAUGAAUUAGUAGAAGAAAAGGAGAUUCUUAAAGGACAGUCAGAAACCACAGAGGAGCAUGCCCCUGGUCUCCCAGGGGUAGUAAAUGUCCACCAGGGCAGCUUGCUGGUGAUCAACUUUGACCUGGAGCCAGAAUGUCCUGAUGCCGAGCUCCGAGCCACUCUGCAAUGGAUAGCUGCCUCUGAACUCGGGAUUCCUACCAUCUACUUCAAGAAAUCUCAGGAAAACAGAAUUGAGAAGUUUCUAGAUGUUGUGCGGCUGGUCCAUCAGAAGUCUUGGAAAGUGGGGGAUAUCUUCCAUGCAGUUGUCCAGUACUGCAAGAUGCAUGAGGAGCAGAAGGAAGGGACCCCAAGUCUCUUUGACUGGCUCUUAGAACUAGGAUAAGGCAGCUGUGUCCUGUAGAGUACUAUUUUCCUUUAUUCCAGUUUAGAUUACAGUGGUUUGCUCUAAAUGCUCUCAACUCUCUCAAAACAUUGCAUCACAUUAGCAGAGCUAUAAAAUAUCCGCUGCUCAAGUCUAUUGUACAGGGACAAAUCGGAGGAAAAUGCUGUUAACAUCAAUACAAACUGUGCGUGAGUUCAGAAGAGCUUCUACUGCAAUGGCUGGGGGAAAAAAAUCAGAAACUUUUCAUGGGACUCAAAUUAAAAGCGCGUAACUCAGCCCAGUCUCUAGGCAAAUGGAAUUUUCAUAUUUUAACAAUAUAAGAUGAGUUAUCAUAUCUCCAAUUAUGUGAACCAUUGAGACAAAGUGGUGAUCAAAAUAAUUUUAUAAACAAUAUUGUAACUUCCUCACUUUAAGAGCAGUUAAAGGGACCAUUAAUCUAAUUAUAGACUUGUGAUAUGGUUCAGAAGUUUCUAAGAAUCUUAUAUGAAGAAUUUCCACUUUCAGACUGUAUCAGUGGAAAUUAAUAAAAAUACAAGGAUAUGACCUGUGUCCUCUACUAUGAUCAUUUCCUCUGAUAAAUGUCCCACAUCUUCCCUAUGGUGUCUGGGUUUCUCAAUCACCACAGAAUGACUGACUUCCUGUGAGAGAGAAAUUAGUUACAGAUUGUCUCGUUUUCACCUCUGUGUCACUUGAGUAACAUAAUUAAAGAAUUCUUACUCUACUGAAAAGCUUUCUUAUAAAAAUAAUGUCUUCAGAGUUUAAAAAAAACCUGCUUAUGCAUUAAAUUAUAUAAAAUAAACUUCAUUUUAUUUUUAUUGUAAAUUAUGAAGAAAUCAUUAUCCUAAGUAUUAUAUACUGAGUUUGAUUAGAGUUGCACAAGAUGUAAAGAGACUGUUGCCCUAAGUCAUGUUGUUGACACUCGAGUUCAUUGAUCCAUUUCAUUAUGAAGGUGUUGAAUUCAUCUGGCAGAUCUACUAUUCAGAUGAUAUAAAGACAGAUGCAGAAUUUCACAUGAUUGGUUAAGGUCAUAGACUUCUCUUGAUACAGAGUUAUGGAUAUUUAAAUUAUGGAAAAGGAAAUUUAAAUAUUUUAGUAAGAGAUUUGCUCUUUUUUAUAUAAAGUUAUAUAAUUCCUCCCUGAUCAGUCUUCUUUCCUUUUGAUUCAAUAAGCUACACUGUUUUUUAUUUUCUUGAUCAAAGGUGUUUAUUAAAGAAUUCCUGAUUACGACGAUUUUACUAUUUUUAACAAUGUGAAGUAAUUUUAAAUGUUAAAAAGACCCCAGGUUAUCAGUGCUGAAUUUAUGUGUCACUCACAUGUUGAAAUAUCAAGAAAGUUUCCUCGUAAGCCAUACCAGCCUCCCGCCCACAUGCCACCCCGCCAUUCUACUACAGAGACUGUCAUGAAUAUUUAGAAGAUAUUAGCCAAAUAGUGCAAUGUUAUAAGUGUAAUUUUAAAAUAUUAACCAAAUGUCAAAUUUUAAAAUGUGUCCUUCAAUCAAACUGAGAGUUCUUUGUUCUAUUAAAUGGAAAAUAAUAUAUUUAUUUUUUAAACAGUCCCAUAAUAUUGUAUGUAGAUUUUUGUUGUGCUUGAAUGAAUGUUUAUUUAUCCUACAAAGCACAAGUACGGGACCAUAACCAUGUGGUACAUUUAUAUCUGUGAUAUCUAAUGUUGCAAACUAAUCAAUAAAAGGUUUUGUUGCCUAAAUAUA